AUGGCAGCAGAGCGUGCCAAGAACUUCACACCUGAGCAGCAAAAACGUUUCGCAGAGAAAGAAGCACUUCGUGAGCAAACAAAACGUUUUCGACAAAAGCCGUCAACAAUCCGUGAAUGGGUUAGUCAAAAGUCUGACAGUCUUGUCAUAGCUGCAAAUUAUGAUCCCGAGAAGGUUUUGAUGGCACUCUUGCCAUACCUCGAAUGUUCAAAGCCAUUUGUGAUCUACUCUGAGUUUCUCAAGCCAUUAACCCAAACGUUUGCUACACUUCAAAAACUGGAGGCAAUAAUUGAUCUGCAAUUGAAUGAAACUUGGACUCGAGAAAAUCAGGUGCUACCUGGUCGCACUCAUCCAGGAGCAUGA